UUCGGAGCUGUUGACCUGGCUUCUCCCACACACGGAAUUGUCUGGAGCCGAGAAGUCCCGCUUUUCGCACGCCUGAGAUGUCUGCAUUAAUAGGCUGUACAUUGAGUAUGUAGACGCCUCGGAGCUAGCCCAGUAUCCAGGAGGAGCACUUGGCGCGCUUCAGCGCGCCGGGCCUUGCGUGCUCUUGAAGCAGGCGCUUAUGAGCCAUGGGACCUAAGAAGAGCUACAGCAAGAAGAAGAAGGAGCCAACGGCAGCGCCGGCGCCUGAGGCUGAGCCGCAGGAGGCGGCAGCGCCUGAGGCAGCGCCCGCAUCUGCACAGCCUGUGUCAAGUGCAGGCGCCGAAGCCGCAGCUCAGGAGGCACCUGGGCCCAGCACUGCAGCGGAUGCUACCGCCGACGCUCCUACAGGCGCGACGAAAACUGACAAGGCUCCCGCAGCAGCAGUGGCCACAGCAGCCGACGCCGCCGCAGGGGCAGGACCAGCGGCUAGGGCAGCGGCAGGCGGCAGUGGCGGGCCUGCCAGUGGGCAAGAGGCCGCGACAGCGGAAGCGAAAGGCGCCAGUACCGCUGCCGAGGGCCAGGGUGGUGCCGGCGCUAGCCCCAAGGGCGACGGUGGCGACGGCAGCGACAGCGAUCAGCCGAUUGGCGUUGCUGCUGCCAGCCUGAGGGACACAGGGCGCCGGGCCAGUCGAGGGCCGGACGGCGGCACCGCCCGUGAGGCAGGCAAGGUUGUGGCGCACUCAGAGGGCAAGGCACAUGAGGCAAAGCCUGCGGAAGAGCCGGCCCUGGACGGCGCGGCAGGUCCCAGCGGCGGCCGCACGCUCCAAAGGCAGGGCAGUGGGCGCGGCGGCAAGGGCGGCAGGGGCGGGAAGGAGGCGGCUGCAGCAGCAGCGGCAGCGGCAGAGCUGAAGGCGGAGGAGGACGGAGGGGUGGAGACAGAUUUGGGGGGCCGAAAGCGCCUCCUUCGGAACCGCGCGCCGGCGCAGGCGUAUACCCGUGGUGAAGGCGGCGGCAUCACCAGCGGACUAGUGCGCCGCGGCAGCAAUGCCGCAGCUGCCGCUGCUGCUGCCCAAGAGAAGGAGGCGAAGGGAAAGGGCAGCACGAGGGGCAAGCAGAAGACGGCUGCGGACGAAGAUGGGGAGGAGGGCGAGGGCGGCGAGGCGGCGGCAGAGCCUGCUACUGCCGCAAAGGACAGCCACGAGGAUGCGGAACGCAAGGAGGGGCAUGAGGAGGCGGAGGACGGGGCAGGCACGAAAGCGCCCGAGCAGCAGUCCGCCGCGAAGAGGGGGCGGCAGGCGAAGACUGCAAGCCGCGGCGGCUCUGCGGCUGGCAAGGGUGGCAAGGGCGGCCGCAGAGGUCAUGCGCUUGCUGCAGAGGAGGCCGAGCAAGCAGUCGGCAGGGACGGGGGCGCAGGCUCAGGGGAAACCGCAACGAAGGCUGAGGAUGCUGAAAUGGAUGACGCGGCUGCUGCGGCACCGGCUGCACCGAUGGAGGCGCCGGAUGUGCAGGCCGGCGCUGCCGACAAGGCCUCGGCGCAGGAAGGGGCCACGGCGGCGCUGCAGGGCCUGGCCUCGCCCUCCGCCAAGACCAAGCGGCCGCGCGGUGACGUGCAGGGAAUCCAGCCGCCCCAGCAGCAGCAACAGCAGCAGGGAGCGGCUGCGGACACAGGAGACGGAGGCGAGGAGGGCGGCCGGCCGGCCAAGCGCCAAGCCAAGGCUGCAGAGACAGUGGGCACAACCGCCGCCGCCGCUCCCAAGGCCGCCGCGGCAGGUGCUGCUGCCACUGGUACCACCGCCGCCACUCCUGCCGCUCCUGGCGCUGGCGCUGGCGCUGCCGCAGCUGGCGCGGCUCCCGCCGCCACCUGCGACGACCCGCAACUCAAUAAGAUCGUGUCGCGACUGCGGAGCGCCGUGGAGGGCAUGGAGGCGCUGCGCAAUGAUGAGGAGCGCAUGUUGAAGGACAUCCAGAGCUGCUCGGAGGACCUGCUGAAUCACCCCUUCGUCGUCAGCGACUACAGCGCUGUCGGGGCGGGUAAGCUGGUGAGGAAGGUCACCAGGAUGAGGCCGCCCAACGAGGAAGCCACCCGGGCCGCGAUAGCCAAGGCGAACGACGUGAUGGAAGCGGUGAUGGCCAUCACCAAGGCCGCGAAAGGAAAGCAGGUCGCCGGCACGGGGCAGCUGCUGCAUGAGAAGGCGACCGAGGCAGGCUGGACCGGGCCCAAGCCGCUGCCGCUCCAGGAUUCGGGCGCGGCGGCUCCGCCCGCGCACGGCUCCGCCAGUGCUGCCGGGUCCCAUCAGGUGGUGGCCGCGUUCGUCAGCAGGGGCCAGCCGGUGCGCGACCGGGCUGUGUCCGUGCUGGCGACCGCGCUGGCGGCCGCCGCCUCCGACUUGCACCCCCUGGAUGUGGCAUUGGAUCUGGAGGCCGCACUGGCUGCGCAAUACGGCGGCGGUACGACGGGUACUGCAGCCACGGGUGUGAAGGCGGAGGCUGCGGGCGCGGCCGCGGGCGCGAAGCAGGGGCCGGGGUCGGGGCCUCAGGGUGCAGGGUUGGUGGGUGAGGCCUAUCUGGGCAAGCUGCAAUGGCUGUGUGACGUGCUGGGGGCGGGCGGCUCGGAGCGGGCGGUACCGGAGGUGGCACGGCUGCUGCUGGAGGGGCGCGUGAGCGGCGCGGAAGUGGUGGCGUAUGAGGAGGGGACAGCGGCGGCCGCCGCGGCUGCGACAAUGGAGCAGUAGGAGCGUUGGAACUCGAGGAAGAUUUGGCCUUGCUUGUGGUAGUGUGUUGUAUGAGCGAUGCGUGGUCGGGGAGCUGAGACUGUGAGCGCGUGCGAGGUAGAGCUGGCGCUUGAAUGAGCGGGUGAGUUGCGUUGGCUUAGGGCCAGACACUGGUUCGGCCGGACGAGUGGGCCGGGAUGUCUUGGGUACGACGUCAUGCGGAACGGUACAGAGACACAUGCUCCUAAGCUCACUUGUACAGACAGGCGCGAUGACUCAGCCGUCAGGUGGCAAGAGGAAAUGUGCCUGGCGCUGUGGGUUCGGCGAGCGAGGUGCAUGACAUAGGAAGGCAGGCUCACGCGGGUACCACUCUGGUCUUUUGCUGUGUCCAAACUUUGACAGCCUGGUAGACCCAACAGGUAUCAUCUGACCAGGCCGCCAGCAUACCUACGGCUUCGUUGUGUAGUAUACGGCUACUAUGGUUUGGAGCUACGAGAAGGCGACCUGAAAGGCCGUACGGCUGCAGCCGUGCAUGGGGUGUGCAAUGGGACACGCAAAUAUUUUCGUCGUGAAAACUAAAAGCGUGAUAGCGUGACGGAUAGCGUACGCACAGUGUAUGCAGGAUACGCAAUCGCCACCGUAAAAAGGGUAGGCAUCAAAAAGUUAUGUGCACAAUUGUCCGGGGGGGUGCGUGCUCCAAGCCAAACCCGCACGCUCGGAGGGCUCUGGGAGUCGCCCGAGGCAAAUCCUACCGCAGUAUUUAGACGCCGCCUUUUUGUAGGUAGAUAACUUACAUCAUUAGUGGACAUUAGCGCUCGGCAGAGGACAAAACAUGUUGGUCAGGGCUCAAGUCGCGAAAUUGACCAGAGCCCAUAUCUCGCAUAGGCGGUAUUUUGGGCCUGUAUCUAGUGCCGUCUACUAAGGUUCACCUAUAUAUGUCAUCCGGACAGCGUAGGGCGAAUUCCAGUAAGUCCUGGCGAGCGCGACAUUUACCAUUUCGACUUCGGCUCCCGCUCGAAUUUAUGCCCGGAAAUCAUUCAGGGACCUUCUUAUAUGUCACAUGAUAACAUUUCGGCAGUCUAGGGCAUUGGACACACGCCGUCCCUAGGGACUUUGCCGGAGUGGUACCCGCGUGGGCAGGCUGGGGACCUAUGGGGACAAGCGCACCAAUAAUUUGGACGUGUGUCCUCGUGCCCUUAUGGCAACGCUUAUU